CAUGAAUGAGUGAAUCUUAAUUUGCCGCAUCUGUAAAAUGCAUCUAAUAAUGUCUUACCUCCCUGAAAUUAGGAGGCUGGAGCAGAUUAUCUUUUAGGUUCUUUUCAAGCUCUAAAAAUCUAUGAUUUUUUUGACUCUUUUUUUAUUGCUACCAUAUCCAGCUUUAUAUUAGGUAAUGUGAAGUUCUGAAGCAGAAUGAGUUUUCUUCCUUUUUUUUUUGUAGGUGAGCUGCAGAGGAAGAUUGGUUUGAAAGUGCUUGAAAUGAGAGGAAAUGCAGUUGUUGGGUACUUACAGUGUUUUGAUCUGGAAGGCGAAUCUGGGUUAGUGGUACGAGCCAUAGGAACAGCGUGUACACUGGAUAAACUAAGUAGCCCAGCAGCACUCCUUCCUGCAUGUAAUUCCCCAUCCAAAGAAAUGAAGGAGAUUCCCUUCAAUGAAGAUCCCAAUCCCAAUACUCACUCAUCAGGACCCUCAACCCCUCUGAAAAACCAAACUUAUUCCUUUUCACCUUCCAAGUCCUACAGUCGACAGUCCUCUUCUUCUGACACAGAUUUGAGUUUGACACCCAAAACUGGUAAGGCGCUUCCACCCACCUUUUUCUUUUUCUUUCUUUUUUUCUUUCUUUUUUUUUUUUUUCCAAAUUUGUUUCUGUUCUUUAUUAGCUUUCCAUCCAAGGCUUUCCUCCUGUUUUUGGCAUUUAAGUUAAAAGAUAAUGUGAAUACUGAUCAUUUUCAGUUACUACCAUUAAAAUAUGAAAAUUUCAUGUAGCUCAGAAAUUAUCUUGUUCAAAGAUCUACAUUUGUUGAUUUAAUCAAAGUGUAGAUAUGAAGUCCAGAAUUUAUUUUUGCAUGUAGACAUUUUUCAUUUCAUGCUCAUAUUAUGAGGAAUAACAUCUUAAAGCUUUUGAAUAGAAAGUAACAUUAGUAGCUUGCAAUCCAGUUCCUCAUGCAGUAGAAACAUUUUUGAAUUCAUUUUUCUGUCUAUUUCUGAAUUUAAUUCUAAGAUUUUAUUAUGAAAAUUUUUCGAAUAAUCGAAAUGUUUAUAUUGGAAUACAUAUAUCUAUUUAUUAACUUCUUGCUAUUUAAAGUGUUUGAUUUUGCUCUCUAGGUUAGAAAGUAGCAUUUUUGCUUUACUUAUUCUUACAUUUUUCUCAAUGUAUGCAAUUUAUAAUUUUUCCCUCUCCUAUUUGUAUU